AUGCGAGAAUCAUAUCUGAGCUAUCCAGUUUCAGAACCUGAAAAAACCGAAGAUAUUCCACCGCCUAUACAACUCGAUAAGUCUGUGGGUGAAUACUUCAAACGAAUAAAAUUAUCAUUGGGGUUAGAUAUGGAUGAUGAAAAGAUUAAAGAAAAAUUUAUCAAUGGUUUGUCACCGGAGAAUCAAAUAAAUGCGAUCCGAUUUGGGAUUAAGGAGCCUAUAAAUAAAAUAAGUGAGCAUUUAAAAUUUAUCUCAACCGGGCCUACCGAUAUUCAAAAAUUCCGAUUUGGGGAAUUGGAGCAAGGAAACGAAUCAGUAAUGGAGUAUUUUGCAAAAGUAGAAAAAUGUG